AUGGCUUGUUCGACGGCCGCGGCGGUGGCGUGUGGGCACUCGAGGGUCUCGCCGGGGCCCCGAGGCCGACCAAUCGAUCACGGACGACGCGCCGCGCGUAUCGUUCGGGCAGCCGGAAACGAGGACAUGAACGCUCCCCCAUUUGUCGUGCCGCAGGACUGCUUCCAGGACAAAACGUAUCCACCGGAACUGAAGGCUGCGAAGCAGCUGAAGCUCCUGGUCACCAUGGUCGCGGUGCGCGUGGUCUUGGCGCAGGAAGAGGGUUUUGGGAACGAAUGUCAUGACGACCCGAGCUACACGGAGCUGCACGACGAUUUGACGACGUUCCUGAGCCAGAACCCGCUCGGAAAGCUGUGGGACGGCGAGUGGCUGGAGAAGUUGAUCAGGCACCCCAAGCUGAACUGCAGGCUCGCGGCGGUGCGGAUAAUAGAGGUGCGAGACGUGUACUUGUCCAAAGAGUUUGACUGGGGUCUGUACAAGAGUGAAGCGUUCGAUGACAUGGACGAGUGUUAUAAGAGGUUGAUGUCGGAACACAUGGAGCGCAGCAUGUUGGGUUGA